AUGGUCGCUGACGGGCUCGGGGGUGGCGGGCCGUGUCUCCUGUACGACUCUUCACUUGAACCGAGGGUGUCGCCUGCGGUCCGUACUACCCCGCCAAGCUUGACCGUCACUCCGAUACCCGCCUCCGCCAUGGAGACACGGCCGCAUGCCGCUUCCCCUCCCUGUUCGCGGCCCUCCGCUUCAGCUUGUCUCUCCGCAAGGACAAACUCAUCCUGCCGCGCCGGUCCGCCGCCGCCUGCCUGGUCUCGCCAGCAACAACGGGACGACGAACCGGUCGCUGCGCGUCAUCCUGCGCCGCUUCUUCUGCCGUCUUCCACUUCGUCUGACUUUUCUCGCUCUGGUCUCUCUUCGCCACCAUCCCGCCCCAGUAGCGACCCGCGUCCCCCCGGCACCGCACCAGAAGACUGUACCCUGCCCCCGGCCCUCGCUGGGACUCUGGACCCUGCGGCGUGCGCCCCUCCCGGUGCGGUCCCAGGGCAGAAAGGAGCGGGCGCCCGCGGCGUCUGCGCGGCCAAAAGCGGGGCGGCAGGUCCCGGCGCGUUGCACGCCGCAUCUGCCUCUUCAGCGCCCGUUCGCGCCGGCGGAGGCAAAGCCGGGAGGGGACGAGGGCGCGGCGGGAAGAAGAAGCCCUGCUACGCGCCGUCGUCCUCCCUCUCGUCGUCGCCGUCGUUCGCUUCCUCUUCUUCUUCUUUGACUCUCUCUGCUCAGUCGCUCUCUUCGCUCAGUCAAAUUGCCGUCUCGUCGCGCGCCUCGCGCGUUCUAGAUGCAUCGGAGCAGGGCCUCGAGGACGGCGCGAAGGAGAGGAGAGACGGUGAGGAGGGACAGGCGGGGGCGACGAAGGCACCCAGUCAGCCUCACAGUGCGGUUCCCGCUUGCCAGGAUGUGAAAAUCGCAGUGGUGGGAAAUGUCGACAGCGGAAAGACGACGCUGGUCGGCGUCCUGGCGAGUCACUGCCUCGACGACGGCAGGGGGCUCGUGCGGUCGCGGGUCUUCAACUUCCCCCACGAGGCGUCCUCAGGUCGGACCUCUUCCAUUUCGACGGAGAUCCUGGGAUUCACCCAUGACGGCCGCCAAGUGAUCCCCUGCACGACUGCGCCUAGGCCCCUGAGCGGCUCGCCCCAGCUGUCGGCUUUGCGCCUCGGCACUCCACUGACUCCCGCUCGUCCGCCCUCGGCGCCUGGUGCGCUGCACGGUUCAGGCGCCUCUCGGCCCCUCUCAGCAGGGGAUUCGGGCUCGGCGCCUUCGUCGCUCGGCAGCCACUCCCGCGAGCCCGAGGGGAGACAGGCGGCGGGGGGCAGUGUCGCCGCCGACAGCGGCGAGCAGAAUGCCGAGGCGUCUCACGCGGCUGCCUCUGAACCUGCAACGGCAGGUGUGGCGCCCGAACGGGCGGGCCCAGGGGACCCUCCCGGGGCCUGCGGGGAGCCCGCGCGGCCUGCCAUGGGCGCUCGUGGAAGGCGAGACAAGCAGCUGGAGCAGAAGGCCUCCGACGUGGCGGCGCCGAGCUCCACGUCGGCGCCUUCGUCGGUCGCUUUGACGGGAGCGCCCCGGAACACGGCGUGGCGGUCAGUAGUGGAGGCGGCGUCUAAGGUGGUGACUUUCAUGGAUCUCUGCGGACACGAGAGAUAUUUGAAGACGACGGUCUUCGGCUUGGUGGCCUCCUUCCCUGACUACGCCAUGGUCGUCGUCGCGGGCAACCACGGAGUCCAGCGGAUGACGAAGGAGCAUCUGGGGAUCGCCCUCGCGCUGCGUCUGCCCUUCUUUGUCGUCGUCACGAAACUCGACGGGACGCCGGAGCUGGUCUUCAAGCGGACGCUCGAGCAAGUCUGCAAAAUCCUCAAACACCAAGUCGUCCACAAAAUCCCCAUCAUAGUGAAGAAAGAGGAAGCAGUCGAGGCUGUGGCGCAUUCUGUGGCCUCUGGACGAGUCUGCCCCGUGUUCUGCGUCUCCAGCGUCACGGGCGAGGGCUUGGAUCUCCUUCGCAGCUUCCUCGGAAGGCUGCCGAACCGCGUGGACCUCUGUGGCCUCUACGGAGAGUUCGAGGACCCCUGCGAGUACGUCAUCGACGGAGUCUACUCGGUCACCGGAGUCGGUCUGGUCGUCUCAGGCACUGUGCGCAGCGGCACCGUCACUCAAAAUCAACACCUCUGCCUGGGGCCGGAUAAGACAGGCGCAUUUCGCAACGUCGUCGUUCGUUCCAUCCACUACAAGCGCACGCCAGUCACUUGCGCUGCGAGAGGGCAGGCGGUUUCGAUGUGCAUCCGAGCGACGAGCAAGAAGGAGCAGCUGAAGCGGGCUGCCUUCCGCAAGGGCAUGGUGCUGCUCGAGCCCUCGCUGCCGCUUCGGGCGUGCUGGGAGUUUCUCGCCUCCGUGGUUCUUCUGCACCACAACACGACAAUUCAGCGGGGCUACCAAUGCGUCAUUCAUAUCGGGAAUGUAAGGCAAGCAGCACGCGUGUUGGAGAUUUUCGCGGAAGACGGCACGCAAAAGAAGGAUGUCCUCCGCACGGGAGAUAAAGGAUUUAUGAAAUUCAGAUUCGUCCAGUACGCUGAGUAUCUGACAGAGCGAACGCCGCUUCUGUUUCGCGAGGGGCGGACCAGAGGCUUGGGCACGGUUUGCGAAGUUUGUUGA